AGUUAGUUAGUCGCCCAUGCGCAAUAGAGACUUCCUCUUUGGAACUACGUCUCGUCUGAAGCGAUGGCGAAGCGCACCAAGAAGGUGGGGAUCGUGGGUAAAUAUGGCACGCGUUAUGGCGCAUCGCUGAGGAAGAUGGUGAAGAAAAUUGAGAUCUCCCAGCACGCGAAAUACACCUGCUCAUUCUGUGGCAAGACCAAAAUGAAGAGGAGGGCUGUGGGUAUCUGGCACUGCGGAUCCUGCAUGAAAACCGUGGCCGGUGGCGCCUGGACUUACAACACAACUUCUGCCGUGACCGUAAAGUCUGCGAUCAGGAGGCUGAAGGAGUUGAAGGACCAGUAAACUAGUGAGAUGAUCACUGGAUGAUUUGGGACUUUUUCAUAAAUGAACCAACCUGGACUUUGCCUCAACAUCAAACAAUAAAGCUGUCUGGAGUGGAA